UGCCAAUUUUGUUAAAACAAGUUUAUCUCCUCUUUUACUACAGCUGUUAGUCGAUACUGACAAUACACUUGCUUGAAAGUAGUGAAAGUGUAUGGUCGUGUUGAUUUCGUUUAUUGGACUUUAAAGGUAGUAAAACAAAAAUGUCUGUGAAAUCGACAACAGUGAAAUCAGCUUCACAGCAACAGGGCCCUGCGGUCAAAGGUUACCUUUUUGUAUACAACGCUACACAAGUGGUUGGAUGGAGUUACAUCCUCUUCCAAUUAGUAAAUUACUAUUUGCUGCAAGGACCGGAAUUCCGAGCUGGAUUGGGACUUUGGGACUACACUCGCGUUGCAGUAAUCGUAUUCCAAAAUGCCGCCUUUGUUGAAAUUUUAAACGCAGCUUUCGGCUUAGUAAAGUCAAAUCCUGUAAUAACUACAUUCCAAGUGCUGAGUCGAAUGAUGGUAGUUCUCGGAGUCGUUAUGGCUACACCAACGGGUAAAGUGUCGCCUGGGCUACCGAUAGCGCUUUUUGCUUGGGCAGUAACCGAAAUCAUAAGAUAUGGCUACUAUGCUCUCAAUAUUAUAAACUUUAUGCCAUACAUUGUGGUUUUUCUACGAUACACAACUUUUAUAGCUCUUUAUCCAAUUGGCGUAACCGGCGAGCUGCUAUGUUUUUGGUGGGCACAAGGAUUUGCCAAAUCAAAUACAAUUUGGUCAUUGCAAAUGCCAAAUAAAUGGAAUGCCACAUUUUCAUAUUUUGCUCUGCUCUGGUUUGUAAUGCUCUUGUAUAUACCUCUAUUCCCGCAAAUGUACCUCCACAUGUUUGCGCAACGCAAGAAGAUUUUGGGAGGAAACGGCAAUAAAACUCAGCAGACGAAAAAAAUUAAUUAAGUAAUAUAUAAUAUUUACUAUGUUAUUUUGCAUUUGAAUAUAUGUAUGUACAUAAACCAAUAUAUUUUAAUUAUCUUGCAAAACAGUUUUUGAACUUUGCAACACCUUUGGCUUAUUAUGCAAACAUUAUUAAGUUGCGCUCAAAACACACUUAAUACAAAAUACAUCGAAUAAUUUAUGUAUACGAAAGCUCAUUAGUUAUACGACCACCGCUGAAUGGCUCUUCACCCUUCACAUUUUCGACUUGUGCAAAUAUAAUUAAAUACAGCUAGUGUUUUAUAGCCGCUGUGUUGUUAAUAAAUUGCUUGUUUUGAGUAUCUCGAUCAAAGCAUAUAUGUAUACUGUUGUAUUCAUAUUUAAACGGCUUAUAUAACCAUGACUUUUGUAAUGUCUUUAAGCAAAUAAAAAAAAAAACAAAUACA